ACAGACACGGCGUACUCCCGCGUGGUGGCGACAGAAGCUAACUCUCAGGUGAGGUGAGUUUCCGACAAAAACAAACUAAUGUUUGAUUUUUUGUCAUAUUUGGGGAAUUUAAACCCUUGAAUCCUUCAUUUAGUUUGACUGUAGGCCCUUAACUUGAUUUGUAUGGCGUUGUGUUGUCCUUGUUUUACAAAUAAUCAACUAAAAGAGUUUAAUUUGGAUUUAAACAGCGUUUCCCACCGAUUUAGUGAAUUGUUUCGGCCAUCUUAGAUCAAAGUAUUAGCUUAACUAUUAGUUUAUCUAAACCACAGGUGUCAAAUUCAAGGCCCGAGGGGCAAAUCUGGCCCGUAGAACAAUUAUAUGUGGCCCACAAGAUCAUAUCAUAUUUGUAUUGGCCCACCAGUAUGAAGUCUGCAGAUUUCCGCCAAUAUAAUAAUGUAAACUUUAGCACUAUUAUUUAAAAUGUCCUUAAUAAACCACUAAAAUCUGGGAAAUUGAAGAGUAAGGAAGAUUUGAUAAAUAGUCAAGAAUAUGGGGGGGAAAUUGUGUUUUUUCCAUAUUUCCAAUUUUGCAUCUCAGGAUUACAAGUGAAAUAUGAUUUGACUUUUUAUUUUGUGCUUUGAUUUUUUUCAACUCAGUAUUUAGAUUUAUGUCAUUUUAAUCAUUUAGAUUCCAAUUUUAAAUUUUAAGUCGUAUUUUGACUUUAAACUCUUGAUUUCAACUUUCUCCUCAUGUCUACGCUCUUUAAAAGGAUUUUUUUCUAUUUUUACUACUGUGUUCUGAUCUUUUGAACUCAUCUAUUGAUUGCCUUUACAUUUAUCUUAUUUACUUUAUGAAUUUCCAAGUGCUUUAUAAUCAUUGCUGAUUUUGUUAUUGAAAAGGAGGCUGACAGUUUGGGUUAAAUGUUGACCCUGUUUGGCCCUCAGGUUAGAUUUAAACCCAGAUUAUGACCCUUGCUGUGGUUGAGUUUGACACCUCUGAUCUAAACAGAUGGGUCAAUGACGUGACGCCUAAAUAUUCUGUCCGGCUGUACUUUUUUAAAAUGGAAAAGGUUUAAAUGCACAAAAAUAUACUUUCUAUAUGUAGUAUCUCUCUCAUAUAUGUAGUCACUUCAACUUUUAAAAAAUCAGGUCUUAUUUGUAAUUUUUCUGAACUUCAAAAGUGUCAAAAUAUCAUGUGGUGCGACCAAUAAUAACAUUAAUUGUAUUAAAGACAAACUAAAAUAUCUAAUUUCUCUAACUGAAACAUUAAUACCUGAUACAAUAUACUUAAGUGACAGGUAGUUUUAAAACAUUUUUUUUAUCAUUAUUAUUCAAUUUAAAGAAAAAAUUAGCCAGUUAACUACAUUUAAUUUAGUGACUGUGACAUUAUAGAGCUAAAAUGUGAGAUCAUUAUUUACAAAAACUCAAAUGAAAUGCGAACACUUUGUUUCCAUCUACUUGAUAUUACCGACAAUUUGUAAAAAACUAUUAAGUAUGUUAAAAAAAUGUAAUAAUUUUGAGAUAAAUUAUGGUCACACCACAUGAUAUUUUUUAAGGCUACGGGCAAUUCAUCUAUAUGAAAAAGCACUAAAAAUGCAUAAUUUAAAAAUUUAACAUUAAUUUUUGUAUAAACAACAUCCUUAGUAUUUGAACUUUUGCAAAAUAUAUCCUUAUUUUUGCUGUUUUAAAAUUGGCAUGUUUAAAAACCUUAUAUGUCAUUGACCCAGAUAUCAACCUUUAAAGUACCAGAGGGUUUGUUGUUUUACUUCAGAUAGUUGCAGACAUUGACUUUGUGACUGGGAUUGUGCAAGAGUUUGGAUUCAGGGUUCAAGAUUUUCUUGUCUUAACAAGCAUGACAUUGAUUUUUUUUUUUUUUGAGGGGGAAAAAUUCCCAAGCUGAAAUUUUUCAGCAGACACAAGCUCAUGAAUUCUUUAUUUACAACUAUAAAACACGAAGCAGCAAAUUCUAAUUUUCGAUGCAAUGCAAAAGAAUAUGCCAGAAUUAACUUGUUUUGAAACCUUCAUAAAGAUAUUCAGUCAAUCAAUCAAUCAAAGUUUUUUUUUAUAUGGCACUAAUAAUACAAAUGAAAUAGCAGCUCAAAGUGCUUUACAUCAGGACAAGAAAAAUAAAAGUUAUUAAACUUUUAUAGACUAAAACAGACAAUAAAAUAUCUUUUUGUUCUGCUCUGUGGAACAACUAAAAGAGAAGAUUGAGAGGAUCUGAGAGGCCACCCUGGUCCAUAAAUUACAAUCAUCUUUGAAAGGUAUUCUGGUGCCAGGCCAUGUAGAGCUUUAUAAACCAGUAAAAGAAUUUUAAAAUCAAUGUGAAAAAUAACAGGCAGCCAGUGCGAAGACUUUAAAAUGGGUGUAAUAUGAGCUCUCCCGCUGGUCCUAGUCAAACUCUAGCAGCAGAGUUUUGGAUCAGCUGUAGCUGGUUUAUUGUGCUUUUUGGUGGACCAGAGAGGAGAGCAUUACAGUAGUCAAGCCUGCUGGUUAUAAGAGCGUGCAUUAGUCUCUCUGUCUGCCUCAGAGAGAGAAACGGUCGUACUUUAGCAAUGUUUUUAAGAUGGUAAAAGGCUGCUUUAGUGACCCCCCUAGCAUGAGUUUUAAAAUUAAAAUCAGCAUCAAAGACCACCCAGAGAUUUCGUGCUUCUUGGCUGGGGUUAAGUCCUAUUUUGUGGAGUUUGGGGGUCAGUUUCUCUCUCUGAGCCUUUGAACCAAGUAUUAAAACCUCAGUUUUGUCCUGGUUGAGCUGCAAAAAAUUCUGUGACAUCCAGGCUGUUACAUCUUAAAGGCAAUUUAAAAGUGACUCCAACUGGCUGUUGUCAUCUGGAGACACAGACACAUAGAGCUGAGUGUCAUCUGCAUAAAUGUGAAAGGAGAUGCCAUGUCCCCUGAUGACACCACCCAGAGGUAACAUGUACAAAUUAAAAAGUAAUGGUCCUAAAAUUGAUCCUUGUGGCACCCCACUGGUAACCUCGUGGUGUGUAGAAGAGUGGUUAUUGAUUGAAACAAAGAAUCUUGCCAACCCAAAGUCUGAUUUCUUGUUCAUUUGUGCAUAUUAAUUUUCUCAAGUUAUUGCUAGAAAAGCUGCAUGUUUGAACGUGGACGACUCAUAUAUGUUAUUUUGUUGUGUAGGAAAUGUCAGUGGUCUGGACAGUGAAGGCGGUCAGCCUGGGUUUGGUAACCUUUUCCCUCAGUGUGGAGCUCCUCUGCUGGCUCCGCCGUCGCCUCAGGCCUAGAAAGACCAUCAAUGAGGUUCUGUUCUUCCCCUCAGAGAUGGCCUGUGUGGAGCACAUCUUCAAUCCCACUUCACGAUUGUGAGUUGAGUUGAACAGUUGAUGUGUUGGUUAAAAGGCUGCUCACUGUUGUUAUAAUGGCCAACGAAGCCAAAACUUCACAGAAAGAAGUACUUUCAGGACAUUUAUAUAUUUUUUAAUUGAUAUUUAUUUGUUCUAUCUUCAUUUAUUCUAGUUAGCCUAGGUUUUUUUAGGUCUGUGUUUUAUUCAUAUUUUAGUUUUUACUUGUUUUUAUCCUUUCAUCAUUUUUACGCCCCCCAGUGUAUCCUCUGAGGGAGCCCUCGGCACCGGGAGCAGUGGUCGCUUGUGGUUGCAGGGGCCGGCCACGGGGUUCCUGGCGGAAGUUGUUGUCUGACACAUCCCUCCACUGGCCCUGUGUCGGUGUCCUGUGGCUGCGGGUGGCUCUCUGCUCUUGGUGCUGACGGCUCCUCUGAUGGCGCCUUCUCAACUGGUUCAUCAGCACUCAGCCUCAUGCCCAUUCUCUUAAUGUGUGUAUGUGCGGGUGGGGGUGGGGGUUAGGGGGGCAUCUGGGAUAGUUUUUUGUUUUUGUUUUUAACUUGACUGUAAAGCACUUUGAGUCACAUUCCUGUAGGAAAAGGGCUUUAUAAAUAAAGUUUGAUUGAUUGAUUGAUUGAAAGACACUUUUCUUUUAUUACCUAAGUGUUGUUUGUUUUACUGAAUGAACCUCUGCCUUGGGUGUUGACCUAGGAAAAAAUCUAGAUAUGUACAAAAGCACUGGGGCUUUUCCUACUUUUGCCAGAAUAAGAAGUGUCUAAUGAGGACCAAACUGCAUUUGGCAACAAAUAGGGGCGUUUUGUCCCAAUCCUUACCGCACUAAUAAACCAAAAACGAAAAAUGGCCUGUCAUAAAUACUUCAUGGUUGGUGAAAGUGUUUGCAGAAUGCUUUUGCAAAACACCCAAUGCAGAAAUAAGUUAAUAAGAAAUGAUUUUAUCAUGUAGUUUGUCCAGCAGAGUGCUUUCCAUUUAGGUACGUUAAAAUUGUUGAGGCAUUGUUUGCAGUACAUUAGCAGAGCAUAACAGCCAUAUUUGUUGGCUUUAAGCUGUAAUAAUGUUCAAAUGCUAAAACUCUCCUUCACAGUUUAAGGAAGCAGCUCAAGGUUCAUAGACAUUUUGGUUUGGGCAUGUUACACAUUCAAGAAAUAAGAGUUUCUACCCCUCUAAAAGUGUACCAUGUUGGCCCUAUCUGUGUUUAUUUCUUCCUUGUGUGGUACCCUAAAAUAAGUAUUAGAAUAUGUCUAAAAAUCCCCAAUACCCUAAUUACCAGCUGUGAUUUUUGUCAUGUGUUUGAUGAUUGAUAUGAUGAUAGUUUGUUUAGGGAACCCUUCUGAUGAUACCACACUCUUUUCCCUCUUUGUUUUACAGUACCUGUCUGUGCCAGUUGCCACAUGGUGUAGAGACCUCUUUCUCCCGUCUCCUCAGCCACAUCCUGUCUGCUUCUUCCUCUUUGGACUUGUGUAUUUUUGCCUUCUCCAACAUGGACCUGAGCAGGGCUGUACUGGCACUGAAAAGCAAGGGUGUUAUCAUCCGAGUCCUCACUGACAAGGACUAUGCUGCCAUCAAGGGAUCCCAGACAGGAGUACUACGUAAGGCCGGUGAGAGAAAAUGAUUUUCAUUUGCAAAUAGUCAAGAGGGAUUUCUUUAGACUUUCAAACAGUGCACUAAAAUUAUGCAAAGAACAUCCACAAAUACAGGCUCAGGAGGUAGAUUUUUAAAAAAAGCCACACCAGCCCUCAGGGUAGAGCUAGUAUACAGGAAAUAUGACACAGAUCUUACCCAAAAAGGUGCUCUCGAAUCUCAGUGUCAUUAUCAGUGAACUCGACAGUGUUACUCAGUGGUGAAUGGAGAGCUAAAAGGAAUUGUCUGUAUGAAUGGAGCCUGCCCAGACAAGCGCUCUUACAAGUCAGAGUAAUCAUGCUCUGAAAGCUCGGAGAGAUUUUGUCACGUGUCAGACUCACUCGCACCGUCUCCCUCUCCCCCUUCGCCCUCUCCAUCUAAUGAAUUACUGCCAGUGCAUAUGGUUAAGUAAGAAUUAAGUAAGUAAGAAAUUGGCAACCAGGCAGUGAAUUUCAUUAAGCAAAGUGUUUCUGAGUGUGAGUGUUUACUGCAGACCUCAUGAGAACCACUUUGGCACUAGAGACAAUCAACUUUUCUCCUCAAAAAGCUGAAUCUGAUUGGCACCUCAGCGCACUGCUAUGGCUUGGCGUGCUGUCAUUGUUUGCUUUGAUACUCAGAGUUGGAUUAUAAAACAUCUCAAUUAUAAAAGCAAGGCUGAUUGAUGCACGCAGGCUCUGAAAUUGCAGGGAAAGUGGUCUUAAAGGGACAUCUUCUGGACUGUAGGUGUCAUGGAGGCAAAACUACAAAUCCAAACAGAAUGUGAUUGGCUUUGGCUUCUGACUGAAAGUCGUCUGCUGCACCCAAACUGAACGGUCAAUUGAGGCUGCACAACAUAAAAAAACAACAACAACAACAAAAAAUGAUAUUGCAUGUAGGAGCCAUAAUGUUGCUUUGCUUAUCAGUUAUAAGCUGCCAUUGGUUUCGCUGGAUUGGGUCCCGUGGGCACUGUGUUUGAAAGCCGGUAGUUUAUAUAAGGGGCGGUCUUACCUGUACUGGGGUGGAGAGGUGAGCCUAGGUAGUCGUGAUUUUUGUUGGCUGCGCUUUAUGUUUUUUUGUUUUGCAAUGAUACACGUUGCAAAGUGUACACAUAUUCUAUCUGAUAUGUGCAUGUAGAAGCGUUUUUUUCUGAUAUUAAAGCUCCGAAAACUUCCAUGAACUGUGGCAGCGUGUCAAGCAAAUAAACAGGACCUAUCCUCUGCCUCAAGCGACUUUUUUAAAGGUACUAGGAAAGCCGGAAUAUUGCAUUUUUUAUAUAUAUUGCACUACAAAAGAUGACAGGAAUUCACACUAGAAAGUACAGUAUAUUUUAAGUACUAAAAAAAAAGAUAUUUUCAGUAAUUCAGGUCCGAUCGUUACCAUUUGGAUCUUUCAAAUAAAAUGCCCAUCCUACAUCUAGUGUAUCACACUGUGUCCAGCCCUCUGGCACCAACUGUGAGAAUUGCAGUGACAAGAGAGGGAGACAGAGCAAAGUUGCAGCGACACACUACUUCAUAAUCUUUUGAGUACUUAUAAAUCCUAUUGAGUUACUUGAAGUUAUCAAGAAUAGUUGUCAGUGUUUAAGAGUAUGUUCAAUCUGCGCCAUAAGCCCCAUGAUGGUAACUUAAUUACCAGGAACUCUGUCUUUUUCUUACAUCACUGUAUAAAACAUAUACACAUGUGGGAUGGAAAUGCUUGAAGUAAACACUCUGUGGUCCUGUGGGGUUAGCAAACCAUGUGUGAGUUCACAACAAGCUGUUUGUGACAGUGUCAGUGUUGUGGUCAUGUGACACACAGACAUAAACGCACAACUCUGUGUGUGUUCAAGUGAGGGGCUGCAAUAAAGUGAUUUCAAACAGACGCUUAUUAGUCCGGGAGAACAAGGAAGUGGUGACAGCAAGAUGUAUUUCUGGUCAGAUGACUGGCAUCACACAUUUUGCGACGUGACUAUUGUGCAUGUGCACAUCACAGUUGUGAUGUUCAAAUAUUAUUUUGUUCAGCCCCCUUGUAAAUGAUUUUCAGAUAUAUCUAAUCAUGUUUAUCGGGUUAUCCAGUACUUGUUAAAAAAACUUCAAAUUGUCCUGUUUCUUUGACGAUAUUUACAGCCCUGUGUCACAAAGUCAACAUCUGAUAUGAUCGACAUAUCUCUGGAGAAUUGACUGUUUUUGUCUCCACCUCUUCUGUCCUCAGGAAUCUGCGUGCGUUGUAACGUGGGCUCUGUGUACAUGCAUCACAAGUUCGCAGUGGUGGAUGGCCGGCUGCUCAUCACCGGCUCUCUCAACUGGACGCUGACAGCUGUGCAGGCCAACAUGGAGAACAUCAUCGUCACUGAGGAGCCAGACCUACUGCGACCAUUCAUGGAGGAGUUCAACAGGUUGUGGGUUGUAUAUGAUCCGGCCCAAUACCAUUGUUCAAGUGAUCAAAGACCUUCUCACAACUCGAGUUUAUGACUGACAAACUGUAAUCAGUAAGUCAGAAUAGUUAAACUUGGAAGGAGAAUGUCAUUCAAAUCAGUUCAAAGAUUUCAGCCACAAAAUGUUUAUAAUUUUCUUGACUGAGUGGUAGUUUUACUGCUCAUUAAAGUAGGUGAUUCAUGGCUGGAAUUUGAAACACUAUUAAAUAAGUAGGCAAAAACUAAAGCCUUACUUUGCAUAGUUUGAGCUCUCAGGCUUAGUUCCAGUUUAAUUCUUUUCUUUUCUUACACAACAGUCGGCAAUUUUUCUGUUGGGCACGGUUCAAAGAUAAGAUCACUUUCCCAUUCAUAGAUUCUUUGUUCCAAAAAAAAGUACUUCAGUUUGUGUUUUACCCUUUUUUAAAUUAAAGUUUGUCUUUUUAAA